AUGACCCAGAUGAAUUGCACCCAGGUAACUGCAUUUAUUCUUGUGGGUCUCACAGAUCGUCAGGAAUUAAAGAUGCCGCUAUUUGUGGUUUUCUUGUCUGUCUACCUCUUCACUGUUGUAGGCAACUUGGGUCUGAUCCGAGUCAUUAGAACAGACCCAAGACUCAACACACCAAUGUACUUCUUUCUUAGCAACCUGGCUUUUGUUGAUUUCUGUUAUUCUUCUGUCAUUACACCCAAAAUGCUUGGGAAUUUCUUAUACGAACAAAACGUCAUCUCCUUCAACGCAUGUGCGGCUCAGUUAGGCUGUUUCCUGGCCUUCAUGACAGCUGAGUGUUUGCUCCUGGCUUCCAUGGCGUAUGACCGAUACGUGGCCAUUUGCAACCCUCUCCUCUACAUGGUGGUAAUGUCCCCAGGAAUCUGCAUUCAGCUGGUGGCAGCCCCCUACAGCUACAGCUUCCUGGUUGCUCUAUUUCAUACCAUCCUCACCUUCCGCCUCUCCUAUUGUCACUCUAAUAUCAUCAACCAUUUCUACUGUGACGACAUGCCCCUCCUCAAGCUAACUUGCUCCGACACACACUCCAAGCAGCUCUGGGUCUUUGCCUGUGCAGGUAUCAUGUUCAUUUCUUCCCUUCUGGUUGUCUUUGUCUCCUACACAUACAUUCUCGCUGCCAUCCUGAGGAUGCGCUCAGCUGAAGGGAGACGCAAAGCCUUCUCCACGUGCGGCUCCCACAUGCUGGCAGUCACCCUAUUCUACGGGACCCUCAUCUUCAUGUACUUACAGCCAAGCUCCAACCAUUCCCUCGACACAGAUAAGACGGCCUCGGUCUUCUACACCGUCAUCAUCCCCAUGCUGAAUCCUUUAAUCUACAGCCUUAGGAACAAGGAGGUGAAAGAUGCCCUGAAAAAAGUCAUCAUCAAUAGAAACCAGGCUUUUAUAGUCAUGAAAUUAAGAAGGCAACUUGAAUAA